UAUAUUUAUAUUUGGAAUUGUUUCUUCUCUAAUAAUUCACAUGGCCUUCUCGUGCAAAUCAGCUGUUUGCAGAGAUCGCCAUUCAACUUUCGAGACUACUAAAAAACCUUCAUUAUCGGCAAUUUUCGGCUCCUCCUCCAGUUUUUGCUUAUUGGCUAUUUUUAUUCUUCCUUUUUUAUUGUUUUCUUCCGAAAGUGCGUCAGCAGCGACAAUUUCGCCGAUAACAGGUGAAGAAACGGAAAUGAGGCACCAACAACAAAAUCACCAACGACGGCAACAAAAUAAUGAUGAUGAAGAUGAUGGUCGGGCUGUGGGGACUGGAAGAAAAUGUGAGAUCAAAGUCCAUAUUGUAAAACACGUUAGAGGGGAAUGUGUCCGUCUUUUUGGCGGGAAGCCAGCCUGUCAGUCAGAAGAAUAUGUAGAUCCAGAAAGUGAACAAUGUCGAAAUGAAGAACCUAUAUUUCUUCGAAAAUAAAAAAAAUUUUCUUUUUAAAAAAUUUUUUCUUUUUAUUAAACACUUUAUUUUAUUAUUUUUCCGCCCAUUUUUCUUUCUUUAUUUUUUCUUUGUUUUUACUGACCUCUAUUCUCUAUAUAUUUUUCUUUAAAAAAUUCUUUCCUUUUUUCUUUUAACCUGCAUAAACUUUUUUUUAAAUUUUUUUGAAAAAUUUGAGGUUUUGUU